AUGUGUGUGGUGAGCAUAAGUGUCCUGUUGUUUCUUCCAACACAAUCCUAUGUGAUCUGGCUCAUCGUCAAAGGAACCGGAAAAGGAAAUGCAUCCGAGUUCAUCUUCCUCAAUCUCUCUGUUUGUGAGAUUUUAAACUGUCUGGAUGGUUUAUUGUUUAUGCUUUCAAAAAGCUUUUUAGGUUUCAUUGUAUUAGCACUGUUUUUGCAAGGAUUGCUCCUUGCCGGUCGUCCUCUGUUUCAGUGUCUGAUCUGUGUCGAGCGCUAUCUGGCUGUGGUUCAUCCUGUAACCUUUUUGAAGUAUAAACCUUUCAGAUAUAAAGCGAUCGGCUGCACUGUUGCCUGGUUAUUUUGUUUCGGAUCCUGUUUAGUCUGCUUGUUUACUUUAAUCUCAUUCAACACUACUGCACAUGCAUGGUUUUUCUCAAUCCUCUUCUUUGUGCUCCUCUCUGUUCAAUUGUUUUGUCUUGUGGCUGUUCUCAGAGCUCUGAAGCAGUCAGGACCAGGAGAGAGACGGAGAGAAAGAGAGGAGGAAAACCACAUGAAGAGAAGAGCAUUUAAUAUCAUUCUGAUAACUACUGUAAAUAUUGUUAUCAUGUACACUCCAUUUAUUAUCACUGGAUUUCUUACCAUUCUGAUACAACAGUACAACGCAGCACUUUGGAUUCCUUCUUUGUUGUCUUAUGUGCUGGGUGGGUUUUUACAGCCUGUUCUUUAUUUGCACAGAUGUGGAAAACUCUUUUGCUUUGCUUCAUCCUAA